AUGUCAGACGACGGUUCUUUGGAUCUAUCAUCAAUUUCCGAUCCAAGUGACUUUCCUCAAGCGUCACUUAAACUUCUUGACACUCUUCCGCGUUGUUCAAUAUGCAAGGACUUUUUUAAUACACCAAUGAUUGCUGACUGUGGGCACGUGUAUUGUUCCCUUUGUAUUCGACGGUGUUUGAACAUAGAACAAGUAUGUCCAGUUUGUCGAACGAGCAUAUCGGAAUCGCAAUUAUUCAAAAGCCCUGAUACUGAAAAUAUUGUACAAGCAUGGAUAGACAUGAGUAUUUUAUUAUACAGACAGACGUUAUUAGAAGGUGCCCUUAAAGACGAAAAGACAAAAGAUAUUUCUUCCAAAAAGGCGGAAACGUUUACCAUUAAAACAAACUCAACCAACGAACAGUUUAAUGCUAAAAGAAAGCAUUUACAUAUACCGGAAUCUACUAAUAACUUUGCUCCGGAGUUUGGCGCCGGGCAAGGUGCUUGGGCUGAAUAUGCUAUGCAGCUAGCCGCUGCUAAAUUUAAUAUUCUUAUGGUUUCUCGUACUGCAUCCAAAUUAAAAGCUUUGAGAGAUGAGAUCGAAUCAAAAUAUAAAGUUGAUACAAGAAUGUAUGCAAUGGAUUUUACCAAGGGUGAUAGAAUGGACUAUUCAAAUUUAAAGGAUAUAAUUGACGAAAUUGAUGUUGGAGUAUUGAUUAAUAAUGUUGCUACAAAUCAUGAAAUUCCAACACCAUUUUAUCUUGAGGAUGACGAAAUUAUUCACAAUAUUGUUGAAGUUAAUAUUGCAGGACUUUUAAAAGUAAUGCUUACUCGUAAUUCGAUUUACUACCAACAACAAAUAGAAUGGGACAUUGAAUUUUCGGUAGUUGAUAAAAUGAUGAGACUUGUGAUAUCGGUUCGUGAAAAAAUGUAUACUAAUGUCGCAAAUUAG